AUGUGGAUCUAUUGCUGUUGGACACAGGACACAAAACAAAUGUUUAAAGGCAGCAGAUUUCGCUUGGAAUAUCAACGUGCGGCUUCGCUGAAUACUCAAGAACUCCACGGAGCUUUACUUAGUUAAGUAACGUCGCUGUAGGAGGAGGUGUCAGUAUUCGUUGCCUACUACGAAGCAAAAGGGAUGGAUUUGGCCUCGGCAACGCGCAGUCGACAGAAGGUUGAGAAAAUGCUUCAAGAGUACGAGGAGCCCGGGCGGACUUUAAGCUUAGUCGAAAAGAAAACUGUUGAAUAUCUGAAGCUUGCAAGAGACAGUUAUGUUCGCACGGAGAAGGCCCUAAUGGCGCAGCGGCCCUCUGAGAAGAUCAAGAAGGAUUGAGAGGGCUACCGCAGCGGCUCUGGUCUGCCGGGGGAGGCAAUAGCGGGUGAGGACCCGCAAGCGGAGCAGAGGGCGGCCGCCGCAGCUGACGGACUGCCGUCCCCCUCCCCCGUCAGUUUUUGGCUCACAUGUUGCAAACCAUGAUGAUGCCUUAUCACACGGUCAGUACUGUUUCCUCUUUACUCCCCCGUCAGUUUCCUCUCCUAAAGGCCACGGGACAUGGAAUUGGGCCAUGGUUGCUUUAAUCCCCCUGUCCCCGGAUAUGGGAUUGGGACUCUAGUUGUUUGCACUUGCUUCAUAAUUUUCCCCUGCCCCCGGGCAGCCGAACCCCACGGGUCAGGGCGGGCGCCGGCAGGCAGAGGACGCCGCAGCUUCUGCCUGAUGCUUGUAUUGUAGCAUAGACUUCUUUCUUUUGUUGCCCCAGUUCGUAUUGCUGGUUGGCGGUGCUCAGAGUGCGGGUUUGUAUCUAGGACCAUUGGGCGUCAUUCAGUCCUGCAAUUUUCUCAACAGAGGUUGCAGCCCAUGUGCAUCUUCAUCAUGGCUGUGGGUAGAACGCAUGACUAGUCGUAGUUCAUAGGCAGGUGGCAUGCAGACACCAUUGGGACGCCAAAACCUCAGCACUGUGUAUUCAAGACUGUGGUCGGUUGUUCACCUGUUUGCCUGCCUUACCUGAAAUAUAUAUGGGAAGCGAAACCCUUGAAGUGUCCUUUUUAGUGCUGUUGUGCUGUUUGGUACCUGUUUACGUACUGCUAUUCAUGUCUUGGGGCAUCAGUUGUCCGUGGUGGUACUGUCCGUGCUUACGAGAGACUUGGUGGGAAAACAGCCAAGCGCCUCUGCUUCAUGGUUAGAACAACUGUAGCAAGCAAGUACCUUGCUGACCACCGUAUAGGGUGCACCACAUGCAUGUAGUUAGGACGUUGCUAGCGACAAGCUUUUUGUACGCAGGGGAAGGGGCAAGAUAUAUUUCCUUAUGCCCCAUGCCGAACCUUUUAAUGUGAAGGCUUCGAACCCACUCACCUUCCGGCCAGGUGCUUUCCUUGCUUCCACAGCACGGCCUCUCGCAGCGCCUGCAAUCAAGGGCGGCAGGCUCCGAACAUCAUGCAUACAAGAAAGCUACCUUGCUCAGCGGAAGACGCUGCAGGUGCGGAGCGCCCAGUGCCUCACAACCACCCUAGCUACCCCCUACCGCGCACCCAGCCGCACGCCAAUUUUUCCACAAUGCCCUCACCUCCCAUGCCACCCCCUCCCAAUCACACAUCUGCAUGCAGCACACAUACUCCCCUCGUUCCUACCCCCUAGCCCCCCUCCCCGUGCGCCGCUUGAUAUCACAAGAAGCUCUUGCAAAUGCCAGCAAUCUGAGAGACGCCAAGUUCGAAAAAACCAUCGCCAUUACAAUUUCCCUCCAAUUUACCAAGAUGCUUGGGGUGGGCCUUGCUACAGCCUGGAAUCGGGAUCCAGAGAGAACAAUGUUGGCUAAACCGAUGAAUCAGCGCACCUCGGACCGCUAGCCGGAUGGCACGAUGUACGGCACUCUGUUUUUCCUAGUAGCGACUCUAAAUUUAUGCGUGCGAUAAUUCAGUAUGGUGUUAGGUGCGGUGCGCAACACCGCUCUGGAGCCUGGACCGACCCAUGGGACGAUGGGUGGGACGAGCUCCAAGGUGGUGUGGGUCAGGCGACUUUUAGUUUACGGCAUCACCCGUACAGCACCGGCAAUAAGGUAAAAUGCAGCAGGCCAGUUAGUGCAGGUAAAGUACAUUUAUGCGCAAUUGCCUACAGUCCGCUUCGCUCCUCCGAAACGGUACACUACGUAUACGUUUUCUACGAUCAAGGUACGAUUCGGGAAACGAGCUACGGGGACAACAAUGCGCAAUUGCUGCUUGCCGUUUUAGCCUGAUAUCAAGUGCAUACAACGCAGCUUCGUAAGGAUAUAGCCACCGCUAGCCGCCGCCCAUAUUGCUUAGCAGUCAGCUCCUAACCGAGGCGGCGGACUUACCACGUGCGACGAAUGGACGACGAAGCCGAGGCGCAGCGGCUUGCCGCCACAGUUCGUUUGCGCGAUGAGCAAAGGCGAGCUGCUCUGCGCUACCUGACCCCAGGCGGCUUCCAGGGCUUGACCCCGGCGCGGAGAGUGAUGUUGGCGGUGCUUUCAAUGUUCGUCCUGCUGGUGCUACCACCGGCAGAAAUCCUCUUUUGGAACCGCAUGGAGGCGACCUGGCGGCUGCCCGUGGCCAUCUGCACCUUCUGCAGUGGAGCCGUCAUCAUAUUCUUCAGUUCAACAAAUCCAGGUCGGCGGUGGGACGAUUCGAAAGCAGGGGUCAUGGAUCGAUUGGGACGCCUGGCAUGGCUCGUUGUGAUUGUCUGCCGUUUUCUGUCAAGGUGCGCGCUGCUAUGCUUUACGGGUACCGUUGCUGCUAUCCACACCGCAAUUUGGGCAGUAUGGGCUGGAUUAUUGUCACGAUGGUAGGGGUUGCUGUGAACCUGCUGGAGUUAUCGAGUCCUUUCCUCAAGGCCGCUCUGUACACCUUCACUGCACUGUUGGUCAUAACGGCACUGUGUCUCAUGCGGAUUGCGGGGUCGUGGUCGGGCUGUUGGCUAGAGUACUUUUGCGGCUCGAGCAGUAGCACAGACACAGUUCUGGGGUGUAGUGGCCAAUAUCGCGUGGUUGCUUGCAGAUGGUCAAAAGGCUUGCCGGAUUACGUUGUGGUCUUUGUGGAUUACCCGGUGGUGUCUUGUGUCAUGUUCGUACACCCAUGUCGGCAACAGUUGUCUGUGUGACGCCUGUGUCAUUUUGAGUGCGGUUAGGUGACCCGUGGGUCAUUGCCAGGAGUUGGCGGUCGGCAUGUAAACUACUACUGGCGCCUAGCUGGGUAAUUAAUGGGACUCAUUGGACGAGUAACAUGCUCUGCGGUUUGGCGGUUGUGUUGAUGAGUUAGUGCCCGACAACGCUGACGAAGCAGAUGUGUACUAUAUGGCGUGUAUGGUGUGUUGACUUAUGUUUAUGCCGGUAUACAGACAGCCUAAUGUAAGGUUAAGUGUGGUGUGUGUAUCCC